AAAAAAUUACCGCGGGAAGGAGCAUAACGGCGGUUCCCUUUGUCUGAGAAUCGGAAUCUUUUCCAAAAUAACCCUAAUUUCAUCUUUCCGGGGCCAUAACGCCGCAAUUGGCGUAGCGAAUUCAUGUGUUCCUCGGGCAACGGCGCCGCGGAGUCUGGAUCACCAUCAUCAUCGCCCAGUAACAUGGAGAAGUACCUCUGCGACCUCUUGCUCGACCAGAGCCAGCCCAUCUCCGAGCGUUUCCGAGCUCUCUUCUCCCUUCGCAACCUCAAAGGCCCCGGCCCCCGCCUUGCUCUCAUUCAAGCAACAAGGGAUUCAUCGAAUUUGUUGGCCCACGAAGCUGCGUUUGCGCUGGGCCAGAUGCAAGAUGUUGACGCCAUCCCUGCUUUAGAGGCAGUUCUUAAGGAUCUUUCUUUGCAUCCCAUUGUUCGCCAUGAGGCAGCUGAAGCUCUUGGUGCAAUUGGUUUGGAGAGUAAUAUUCCUCUUUUAGAGAGUAGUUUGGUUUCAGACCCAGCUCAGGAGGUGCGGGAAACAUGUGAACUGGCUCUUCAGCGAAUUGAGGAAUUGAAGACUUCUAGCAGUGAUGAUAAAUCAUCAAUAAAAGAAAAGUCACCUUUUAUGUCGGUUGACCCUGCCACGCCAGCUUCUUCUUGCUCAUCUGUAGAUAAGCUGAGGGAGGUUCUAUUGGAUGAAGAGAGAGGCAUGUAUGAGAGAUAUGCUGCACUAUUUGCGCUGCGUAACCAAGGUGGAGAGGAAGCUAUUUUUGCCAUUAUUGAUUCUUUGGGUGCGAACAGUGCUCUGCUGAAGCAUGAGGUUGCUUAUGUCUUGGGUCAAUUGCAAAACAAAGCUGCCUCAGCUGCACUUAACAAUAUACUUAAGGAUGUGAACGAGCAUCCAAUGGUUAGACAUGAAGCUGCUGAAGCUCUUGGCUCCAUUGCAGAUGAUGAAAGUGUAGCGCUGCUUGAGGAAUAUGCCAAGGAUCCUGAACCUAUAGUCUCACAGAGCUGUGAAGUUGCUCUUAGCAUGCUGGAAUUUGAAAGAUCAGGAAAAUCGUUUGAGUUCCUCUUCAUGCAAGCUCCUCAUGUGCAUUAGAUCAUAAAAGUUUGAAGAGAACAGGGGAAAAGGAAUAAUCCGAAUCAAUGACAAAUAGGAGAAAAAGUGGAGAAGAAUGACACAGCCAUGCAUAUCUGGAUUUCUUACUGUCAUCUAUAAUGAUUAUUUAUUUGAUGAUGGUUAGGGCUAUACUAACGCCUCUGGCGAAUUUUAUAGAGAACUACUGACCUCAAAACUCUUUUUUUUUUUUUUUUUAAAGGAGUAAUCUUGUUGUCCUUGCCUAUGGUAAGAGUUAAGACUCCUACAAACAUUAAAUAAUCUAUACACAAAAGACUGUUCUCUCCAAAGAUGCAACAACUGAAUCAUCAUUUUUGUUGACAGCAUAUGAAUUUGCCUUUAGAGAAUCAGCAACAUUGUUAAGUGUUGCCACCAUUGUUGAGACUUGAGACCUGAGACCAUAUUAGAAAUGAGAUUUUGUAGUUUAAUAAAGCUCAAAACAGUGUGAUGAGCAAAUUAGUAUAUGAUAGUGAGCUAUAUUGUCACUGUGUAGGAGAAUUAUUUCCUGGUAAGUUGUUCUCUGCUAGUUUAUCCAUACACCUAACUUGUUUGCCAAAGAAAACAAGUAGGGAUGAAUUCAUAAGGCAAUAAUGUAUUCUACUGUUACUUGCUAUGGUUGAAUAAGAUUAGAUUCCACAA